GAGUAAAAAAAUUGCAAGGAAGUGGGAAGGAGGGAUCUGUGGCGUGGAGGGUUGUAUUGGUUUGUAGGACGCCUCAACUACUGUAAAAACGAAGGUUUAUUUUUCAAGCCUGUCAUUACAACCAAAUAUGAGGGUAAGAAUUUAACACUGUCGCCGAUUGAGAUGACUAGAGUCUGAGUUUGGACAUUUUUCGCACUUCAAAAUUGCACACAUAGGUGUCAACAUCUGUGGGCAGGUAGGAAAGUAGCUUUACAUCCGGAAGAACUCGCAAUACAGGUUGGCUGCAUACGUUUUACUCAGCGGACUCAAUGGCAACACUCGUAAACUAAGUUUCCAAACACGUGUCUGAUCAACUGGCAGCCUCUAUCAAUAGAAUAAAAUGAUGGAUUUGAGAAAAAAGAAGAUGUAUGUCUUGGUGGACGUGAUGUGCGUGGCAGUAGCCGCUCUGCCCUUCCUCAUCAUGACUGUUGUGUUCCGGCCCUACCUGAGGGGUGUGUACUGUGACGAUGAGGACAUCAAGUACCCCCUCAAACCUGACACCAUCACCCACGGCUUGCUGGCUGCAGUCACCAUCUCCUGCACUGUCAUCAUUAUAUCAUCAGGAGAGGCCUACCUCGUCUACAGUAAGAGGAUCCACUCUAACUCUGAGUUCAACGGGUACGUGGCGGCACUCUACAAGGUGCUGGGUACCUUCCUGUUCGGGGCAGCUGUCAGCCAAUCACUGACGGACCUGGCCAAGUUCUCCAUCGGACGGCCUCGGCCCAACUUCAUGGCCGUCUGCAACCCCAAGGUCUGCAAAGGCUAUGUGCUGGAGAUCAACUGCACUGGCAAUCCUCAGCACGUCACUGAGUCCAGGCUGUCCUUCUACUCCGGCCACUCCUCCUUUGGGAUGUACUGUAUGCUGUUUCUAGCUUUGUAUGUCCAGGCGAGACUGAGGGCUAAGUGGGCAAGACUCCUCCGACCCACAAUCCAGUUCUUCCUUGUGGCUUUUGCGGUGUACGUGGGCUACACCCGCGUGUCUGAUUACAAGCACCACUGGAGCGACGUUCUGGUGGGCUUCCUCCAAGGCGCUCUCAUCGCCAUCCUCAACGUGCGCCACGUAUCAGACUUCUUCAAGCAGCGCCCUCCCCGCUGCUCCAGCCAAGAGACGGCUGAGAGCGAGGAACUGGAGCGCAAACCCAGCCUGCAGAUGGCCGAUGCAGAGCACAACAACCAUUACAGCUACCCAGGGCCUGUGUGAGAGGGGCCAACCCAGGGGCCCCCAGACUAUGUCAACCACUCUCACCACAAACUCCCACAAACCACUGGGCUGAGUGAAGGGGCUGCACACAAUACCAGAACCCUCUAUGGCCUGAGUGCACCAGCCCCCUUCCGAAGACAUGACUCCCUCUCCCCACGAAUGGGAGAGGACUUUUUUUUAAAUCAUGAAUGUUUAUCAUGGUUGAUGUUCACAAACAUUUUUUUUGUAUGUUUUUUUUUAAAACUUUAUUUUACACAAUAGAUUAGGAGAGAGUACCAAACAUUCACAUUAGAAAGAAAGAGACUGUUCUCUGAGGAGAUUAGUUUUAGUGCACCUUAGUUGGAGGAGUAAUCUGAACUUCAGUGGAAGUUUGGGAUUGAUAUGUUGAAUGUUUCACCUAUGUGACAUGGAGUGCAGAGAGUUAGAAAUGUUGUUGAUUGUGUAAGCUUUCCUUGGAUGUUCCAGAGUGAUAUACCACUAGAUCACAAACAAUCACCGCAAAAAUUUGGCAUAAAGAUUUUAGAAUUUGGAAAUGAGAAAUUCAGCUUUUAGCUAUGCCAUUCUGGCUUCCCUAUUUUUUAAAUAUAAAUGUUUUAACAGUAACAUUGCUCCUUUGGUAUGAAUUGAAGGUAUUUGGAAGGGCCUUCUAAUUUAUUUUCUAUUAUAAACUGGGUGGUUCGAUCCCUGAAUGAUAUCAUAUAUCAGACCAUAUACAAUGGGUAUGACAAAACAUUUAUUUGUACUGCUCUAAUUAUGUUGGUAACCAGAUUAUAAUAGCAAUAAGGCACCUCUGGGGUUUGUGGUAUAUGGCCAAUAUAUCACGGCUAAGGCUGUGUCCAGGCACUCUGCGUUGCAUAGUGCAUCAGAACAGCUCUUAGCCGUGGGAUAUUGGCCGUAUACCACAUCCCCUCGUGCUUUAUUGAUUAAUUAUAGAUUACUUUAUUCUCAAGGUUGGAAAUGUCUAUACUAGCGCUGUUCAGCUAUUUUGCAAUCACGAUCACCCCUGUUAGCCACUAUGAGCCACAAAUACUGUAUCUUCUAAUAUUGUGACAUUUUUCAUACUGCAUGGAGAAUGCGUGUAAAUAUGCAUGUAAGUAUGUUGUUUUUUUCUCACAUGUACAUGUUCUCUGGCCCAUAUCAAACCAGUGCCUACCUGGACUAGUGCCCUUUAAGAUUGCCACAAAUGGAUCAGAUUCCAAGUUCACAACGCAAACCAGAUGCCUUAACAUGAGCCUUUAAGGGUUGUAAAGAUACAUCUUACCAUUCGAGUCAUUUGUUGCAAGCUGUUAAUACUGUUCUGUGCAAAGUUCAAAGAUUGGACUGGACUGAUUGAGCUAAUUUGUGAAGAAGUGCUCCUGUACACUGACUGUCCGGCCUGGCCCUGCUUGGCACAGGAGGACUGACGACAUAUCAGUCAGCUGGUAGUGAUUGUGAGGCUCAGAGAGCUGACUGAGAAGUGACCUGUGACUGUGGAAUGGCAAGGGCCUCCUGCGGAGACCUGGUCCCUACGGACUUCCAGACUUUUAAAAACUGCUUUGAAUUCCAGAAAUGAGAACCACCUGGAGCAGCUUCAGUGAAGUGUUGUUGUUGUGUAACGUCUCAGCUGUGUAUUACUGAAUCCCCAGACCAAAUUUACCCAUCAAACAAUAGUAUGAAAAUGUAAUGGUGUUUGAGUCACCUCCAGGUUUCCAUCAUAAAAGGCACUCGGUUAGCCUUGUUCUGGGUGGUGUGUGUUUCAUUUGUAAUCAAACUAUUUCCAUUAGGAUUGGUGCCUUCGAAUAGGUCCUGGUUGGCCAUUCUUUGUAUGUCGAACAUGAUGCUGUUCUGUACAUUCAUCUAGCCAUAGCUGUUUAUGUAUACACAAAAGGACUCUAAAUAAAUACCAAAUAUACAUGA